CUAUACGUCUCAGCGUCUCAUCGUAUACACUCAUUGUUCACAACACAGUUGACAAAGAAAUCUUCAGUUGACUUUCCUAAGAGAAGUUGUCUCUCUGUCUGUGUAUGGUAAAAUCUAGAUUGGCUCUGAGUUCCUUUGGAGUUUGGUGUACUGGAGAGUUCUACUCCAGGCACAGAAAAGAUGAGCUUUACCAGGAGAAAAGGCUUCUUCAGGCAAGAAGUAAACAAGACAAUGUGGGAACUUCCUAGACGAUAUACUGCUAUCAUCCCUGUAGGAUCUGGUGCUUAUGGCUCUGUCUGUUCUGCAAUAGAUAAGAAAACAGGGGACAAAGUAGCUAUCAAGAAGCUCUGUCGCCCAUUCCAGUCUGAGAUUUUUGCCAAACGAGCCUACCGUGAGCUCACACUGCUAAAGCACAUGCAGCAUGAAAAUGUUAUUGGAUUACUUGAUGUCUUCACUUCAGCUACUUCAUUUGAUGGAUUCCAGGACUUUUACCUGGUGAUGCCGUACAUGCAAACAGAUUUACAAAAGAUAAUGGGACACCAAUUCAGUGAAGAAAAGAUUCAGUAUCUGAUCUACCAGGUUUUGAAAGGCUUGAAGUAUAUUCACUCUGCUGGAAUCAUUCAUAGGGAUCUAAAGCCAGGCAAUUUAGCGGUGAAUGAAGACUGUGAAUUAAAGAUCUUAGAUUUUGGCUUAGCAAGACAUACAGAUACAGAGAUGACAGGCUAUGUUGUAACUCGUUGGUACAGAGCACCCGAAGUGAUUCUGAACUGGAUGCAUUACAACCAGACUGUGGACAUCUGGUCUGUUGGUUGUAUCAUGGCAGAAAUGUUGACUGGGAAAACUCUGUUUAAGGGUAAAGACUAUCUUGAUCAGCUGACCCAGAUCCUGAAAGUGACAGGAAACCCUGGAGAGGAAUUUGUGCAAAAACUGGAAGACAAAGCGGCUAAACACUACAUACAGACACUUCCUAAAAUUCCCAAAAUGGAUUUAUCUCUGCUUUUACCCAAAGCCAGUCCUCUGGCUGUGGACUUGCUUGACAAAAUGUUGCAGCUCGAUGUAGAAAAACGACUCACAGCAACCCAAGCUCUGGCCCAUUCAUACUUUGAUCCAUUCAGAGAUGUUGAGGAAGAGACAGAAGCCCAGCACUCCUAUGAUGAUUCCAUAGGGAGUACAAAGCUUUCAAUAAAUGAAUGGAGAAGGCAUAUUUACAGUGAAAUACUGUCAUUCAGCCCAAUUGCUCGGAAAGAUUCCAAGAGGAGAAGUGGAAUGACCUUAUAGACUCUUGUAUGUCUAACGCUGAUCAACCUUUCCAGUGAUAUACAACCACCGGUAUUUUGAUCCUAAAGAGGAGUAAAUAUAAAUCUUUCCAAUGAUAUACAACCAUUGGUAUUUUGAUCCUAAAGAGGAGUAAAUAUAAAUCUUUCCAAUGAUAUACAAUCAUGGUAUUUUGAUCCUAAAGAGGAGUAAAUAUAAAUCUUUCCAAUGAUACACAAUCAUUGGUGCUUUGAUCCUAAAGAGGAGUAAAUACAAAUCAAGAUGAAAAAGUCCAUGUACAUAUAACACAAGAAUAGUGAAUCAAUACAGGCCAAUUUUGCUCUGAACAUCAGAGUGAUACCACAACCUUGAGUGUUGCAAGUCAAGGUGAUUCUCAUUAAAUCUCUUUGUGAUAAAUGUGAUGGCUAUGCUUUUCUUUUUCUUGUACUUUUUGUAACUGGUUCCAUAGAUUUGGUCUAAAAAGUUAAAGUAAAUGUCUCUACAUGUUGAUAAAAUCUUCUUUCUUCUAAUAUUUCCAAAUAAAUAAAGAAGCAUAAUGUUUCAAAAAAGAAAAAUAUUUAUAUAAUAAAGGAACAGUUGCAAAGAGCAGUUACAUUAUGUUCCUUGUGAUUCUUUCUGACUAAAUAUUUUACAUUUGAAACAGAUCUCUCACUUCUUAAUGGCCUUAUAUUAGCCAUAUAGUAUUGUAAAUGGAAAGUAUUUACAUCUUUAAGCAUUGAUAAUAGCCAUCUGGCAUGAUUUUCACAAGUAUCCCAGUAUGUUUCUUUGUGAAUGUUAACUCUAUUAUUGUAAUUUAUAAUUUAGGAUGUGUGGUGCGUGUGCGCACAUGCUCACUUACACAUACACACAUAUAUACAAGAGUCAAUGAUUUAUAAUUUAAGAUAAAAAGGGGAAGAGCUGAAUAUGCUGUUGGAUUGCAGGCCAAUUGGCAAUAUUUAGUACUUUAAAAUGAUUGAAAUGUAUAAUGAAAUGAAAUGAAGGGUACUUUCAUAUUAUUGUAAUUCUCAGAAGUAUUUUAUGAUAAUCCAUGUUUAUUUUCAAUUCAAUUUUCAAUUUGAAAUGCUAAAAAAAUGAAAAUCAAAUUGCAGAAUGUCUUGUAGUAAAAAAAAA